GUGUGAAUUGUUCGCGCGCGGGUCGGUUGGCGGACCACUCUGUGUUGUCCCCCAACUGCCCCUCGUAUAAGGCGGCGUUACAGUCCUUGGCGAGAUCGACCCGUUAUGUUUAGGAUCGUUCAAGCCAAUACUGGGCGUAGCCGAGCGGGUAUGAUUGAGUUGUUGUCUGAUUGUGUUGCAUGUGGUGUGGAUGUUCUCCUUCUGCAGGAGCCGUACUCCUCUAGGGGUACUGUUCCUGUAGAGGGCAUGGGACGCGUAUUCUGUGUGGGUUUGCCCCGCCAGAAUCGAGGCAUAGAUGUCUGGGUGUGUGUGGUUGUAUUGAAUGAUUGUUUGGGUGCAGUCCUACUGAGUGAGUUCUCUUCUCCUUAUUGUGUGGCUGUGGAUUUGGUGACAGGUGGUGGUUGUCGUGUGGUUGUAUGUAGUGUUUAUUUGCGUCCUGGUCGUGUGCAUGAUGAUGAGUGGGGUAUGGUUGAGAGAGUGAGUGUUGAGUAUGAAAGGGUUCCUCUGCUGAUUGGGUGUGAUGUGAACUGCAGUUCGGAGUUGUGGUAUGGUACGGGUCGCGGUUGUGCAAGGAGUCAGCGAAUUGAGGACUGGGUAGCACUGCAGUUCAUGUCUGUGUUGAAUGAAUGGGAUGAGCGCUGUACGUUUGAAACUGUGAAUGGUAGAUCGAAUGUGGAUGUUUCUUUCUGUAAUGAUGCAUGUCUGGUGAUGAAUGUGUCUUGGCGACUGGGGGAUCUGUGCGUCGAUCAUCGUUCAAUCCAUAUGUCUGUUGGGCUGGAGGAUGACCGACGGGCAGAUCCAGAGCGAGUGAGGUUUGUGCUUUCCGGUGCGAACUGGCUGACAUUUGAUCGCGAGUUGGUUGGUCGGAUGAAUGGAAUUGAUGGUGGUGGGGUAGACAGAUUGGCUGACAGUCUAACUGCUGCGGUCCUUGGUGCUGCCAGGGCCUCUAUUCCAGUUCGCCAUGGUGGCAAGCGGGUGCCGUGGUGGGGACGCCAGUUGGCUGAUCUUCGUAAGUCUGUGAAGCGUGCUAGAAGGCGGUUUCAGCAUGCAAGGGGGGAGCGGCGACUUCGACUGCAGGUGGCUUGGAGGAAUCUUCGUCGUAUGUACGUGUAUACUGUGUCGGUGUGCAAGUGGAAUGCAUGGAGGCAGUGGGUCUCCAGAGAGGGUGCCCGAAAUCCUUGGGGAAUCGUGUAUAAAAGUGUUAUUCGUGGUGGUGUAAGGAAUCGCGUGCUUGUCACUGUCCGUAGGGAAGGGAGGGUAACAGCUGGUGUGAAUGAGACUUUGAAUGCGUUUUUGUGUGAGCUUCUGCCUGGUGAUGACGCUCGGGUUGAUGCGGGAGCACAGCCUGUUGUUCGUGCUGGUUUUGUGUCUGAGGAUGGUUGUGGGCCUUGUGUGGGUGAGUGGAGUCCUGAGGCCCUGGCCAUUGCCGUUUCAAAGAUGAAGUGUGGGACGGCUCCGGGACUGGAUGAAAUCUCACCUGACCUUGUCUGGCGUGCUUGGGGGAGAGUGAAAGAUGUGUGUUUGGAUCUGUUCAAUCGAUGCCUGAACCAGGGAGUGUAUCCAGCGGCCUGGAGGAUCGGUGAGGUGGUUCUUAUACCCAAAGCGGGUGAUAGGGACUUAUCCCUGGUGAAGUCAUUCCGACCUGUCACCUUGCUGAGUGUGUGGGGCAAGCUAUUGGAGCGCCUCAUUGAGACGAGCCUGCGAAGUGCUAUCGGGGCUGCUGGAGGCAUGAGCAGGAAGCAGUAUGGCUUUGUUGGUGGGAAGAGUACUGUUGAUGCUGUCAGGCAUGUGAUUGAGUGGGUCGGUGGGUGUGGGUAUAGGUUUGUGUUGGCUGUGUUCCUUGGAUGUCGUUAGGUUGGUCCGAGCGUACCUCACUGGUAGAAUUGUGCGUAUGGGUUGUGGCUCGGUGUUU